AUGGCAGUAACUUACAGCAAAGACGUCUUUGACCGUGGCAGCAAAGUAGUAUGUCCGAGACAUGUAGUACAGUAAAACCCGUGUGUAAGAAUCUAGUCGUUUAAGAACCUGCUGGCAGAAAUAUGCCAUUUUAAUACCCCAAAAUAUAUAUAAGAACAUGUUUAGCCAAGAAAAAUCAAGCAGGUCCUUAUAUGUUGGUUACACUAAAGUUAUGAUAAACAUUUUAUUCAAGGAGUUUGACUUUGAGAUUGUAAAUUGGUAUUACAAGAAAUUACUGUACCAAACUGCAAUUAGAAUAAAAGGUGUAAUUGUAAUUCCUACAACAAAAGCAGGUUUAUAUAAAGUACAGAUUUUAUAAAUUGUCUUCAACCGCCGCCUGGUCAGCUCAGUUGGGAGAGCACCGGUCUGCAGAGCGGGAGGUCGCGGGUUUGAACCCUGGCCAGAACAACACUCAGGGUCUUUAAAUAACUGAGGAGAAAGUGCUGCCUUUGUAAUGACAUCUGCAUCUGCAUCUUGGAUAAGGACGGAAAACCGUAGGUCCCGUCUCACAGCACUUACACUUAUCUGGUUCUUGUGGGACGUAAAAGAACCUACACAACUGUGCCAAAAGAGUAGGGGAAGUAGACCCCGGUGAUGUGGUCAACCUUUACACAUCAGUCACAUCAUGGGUUGGGUGGGCACAGUAAGCUCAUAAAUGGACUGAGGGCAGCUGCCGCCUUUGUAUGCUGAUGUCUGAGCGUACUCUUCACAUGUUAAUAUAUCUUGUAAAGAGGGCACGUCUGUCCUCAUCCAUGAUUCCUUCGUUCCGUCCUGGACCUUGCACAAAAGAGGUUUCCAUUUGCAAUGUACAGUUGUGAAUAAGGACCAAACUCAAGUAUAUUAUUUUUCUGGUAUUAUUUUUCUACAGUUACAUCUNGGUGUAAUUGUAAUUCCUACAACAAAAGCAGGUUUAUAAAAGUACAGAUUUUAUAAAUUGUCUUCAACCGCCUCCUGGUUAGCUCAGUUGGGAGAGCACCGGUCUGCAGAGCGGGAGGUCGCGGGUUUGAACCCCGGCCAGAACAACACUCAGGGUCUUUAAAUAACUGAGGAGAAAGUGCUACCUUUGUAAUGACAUCUGCAUCUGCAUCUUGGAUAAGGACGGAAAACUGUAGGUCCUCGUCUCACAGUACUUACACUUAUCUGGUUCUUGUGGGACGUAAAAGAACCUACACAACUGUGCCAAAAGAGUAGGGGACGUAGACCCCGGUGAUGUGGUCAACCUUUACACAUCAGUCACAUCAUGGCUUAGGUGGGCACAGUAAGCUCAUAAAUGGACUGAGGGCAGCUGCCGCCUUUGUAUGCUGAUGUCUGAGCGUACUCUUCACAUGUUAAUAUAUCUUGUAAAGAGGGCACGUCUGUUGUUCUCUCAUCCAUGAUUCCUUCGUUCCGUCCUGGACCUUGCACAAAAGAGGUUUCCAUUUGCAAUGUACAGUUGUGAAUAAGGACCAAACUCAAGUAUAUUAUUUUUCUGGUAUUAUUUUUCUACAGUUACAUCUCCUUCAUAGAACUGAAGAACCUAAUUAAGAACAUACUUUGGCUAAAUUGCCAAUGACUAGCCCAAAAUACAAGAACGUUUUUUGCCAGACUCAAAAUACUGCAGGUCCUUACACGUGGGUUUUUACUUGUUUUACUGCAUUAUCAUAAAACGUAUCAAAAUGUAUUACUUAUCACAAUUUAUUUAUUACACUCAGGUCACUGCUGAUGCUAACAUGGGUUGUACAAAUUCAUUUGGUGCUAGUUCUGCUGCGGCAGCCAUGGCCUCAGGACUUAUUGCCUUGAUGCUGAGUGCAAAGUGAGUAGUGCUUUAAAAAUUGCUGAUUGGAUUCUCUGCAAUUUUAUUAGGACCACGGAGAUACCGAAUAUUUAUACCCUAUCCAUAUUGGCCCCACGUUGCAUUUAUAUUUUAUUUCAGCUCAUAGGCCGUUAUUUGAAAAUUACAUAAUUAUAUUACAAUUAUUUAUUGCUCUUCUAUGUUUUUACGGGUUUAGAUUGUCAGAUGUUGUCUAUAAAUACAGCGUGAUCAACAGCACCCUCUUCGCUCUCGCUUAGCCAGCUUAAACCAACAUCUUUCGACUACCUACAAAAUUCGUGAAUAUUAUUAGAAAUUACUGGAUGAGGCUGAGUAUGAUAAAGAAUUUUGCAGAUUAAGGAAGAUGUUAUCAGGUAACACCCUCCUCGAUCUGCAUAACAGACCAUUAAUUUUUACAGUUGUACCCUAGCCUUCGAGUGAAUGCGAGGCUGACGGUGACCAUGUUUUGAUACAAACCUCCUUUGCUUUGUUAUGGAAAUUGUCCUUGAAAAAUACUGCUUAGCAUAUGAAUAUUUUGAUUUUCAUAAUAAAGCAGGAAGGUUUGUCUCAAAACAAGGUCACCGUCGGCCUGGCUUCCUUCCAUAACCGCUGUAAAGUGGCCUAUAAAGUGUUUUCACUAAUUUGACCAGCCGUUUCAUUGUUUUGGAGCACCAAUAUGGCCGCCGUGACGUCUUGUGAAAACCCUCUAUUCUUCAUUUAAAUGGAGCGUUUUCACAUGACGUCACAUGACUUGUUGUUGUUCCAAGACAAUCCUGUGGGAAUUGAACUUUUUUCUUAUGCAAAGACUUUCUUUUGUUCCAAUAGAUUAGCAUAGAUGCUGGCCACGUGAGUGAAAACGCACUAUACCAAAUCCGAAUCCAAUAAUUGUUUCAUUAUUCAUUCGAAAUAUUUUCAACCUCAAAACAUGCUUAACAAGAAAAGGUAUCGUAUGACAGAAACAAGUAAUGAGGAUAAAAUCGAUCGACGUUUCGGGUUCACUUUCAAGAUAAAAAUGUGUCAGGUAGAUAAAUUGCAUAUUUUCAUAUAUGUUAAUUUAUCAAAUUGAUACUUUUUGGUCUUGAAUAUGGCGUCACUAAAAAUGACCUCGAAACGUCGAUCGAUUUUAUCCGAGAUAUUAUUUACUUGUUUCUCUAUUAGAAACAUACUUGACUCUGAGUAAAAAUUUCUUCUUCAAAACAUUCGUAAUAGUUUGGCUAUUUCAUUUUCGCUCAAUAUACAAGAUAUUCCGCGAUUUUCUGCCGCUCUGUACUACCAAAACAGCUAAGCAAUUGCGCCGCCUGUCCCUCUUUCUCUUGAAAUCAGUACAAUUGGCGUCAAAACUUCACAAAUAUCGAAAAAAAUCUUCCAAAUUUGGUCAAUGCUUGCUGGUUUUGUAGAUUUAGCGUGAUAAUUUAAGCCAAUCAAAAACGGAGGAAUAUUUUGAAUGAAAAGUGGUUAACAAUUAUUGAAUGAGAAAGAAUUAUGCAGAUCGAGUAAUGGAUGGGGAGCUGCAUAAAUUUUUAGACCAAGCGAAAGCUUAAAUCAAUAAUUCUUAAUUACUAUUCAUACAAAAAAAAAGUUCUUACAGGUAUCCUUUCCUCCUCGCAGACUUUCUUACCAAACAUUUGCCCUGUUUGUCAGAACGAUUAUUGCAGAUACUCUUCAAAAAGUAGAUGACAUUCAUCCAGCAAUGUUUUUUGACGUAGUCUUGCCUUUCUCCUUUCAGUUUUAGUCAUCCUCGGAGACCCAGGGGCAGUCAGUCGGGCCGGCAGAAAAGGCGCGACGAAAGUUCUCAAGCACAGGCGGAAAAGCCCCUGGGUACCGAUUCUCACCGGACCAUUUCCAAACGGUCAAGCGAAUGCUGGCUGGCUGGCUGAUUGGGCACAAAAAAAAAAUGCUUUGUAUUAUUGUGCCGAAUCGGCGAACAGCAUCUCCAGAGUUCUUUUCGUGAAUUCGUACACGAGUGCUUAUCUCGCCACAGUUGCCCGGUUCGUUCACAAAGCUUUCCUAACCUGAAACGAAGGAACUACCGAUGAGUCGUAAACCGUUUCGGAUGCUAUCAGCAGGAGCAAGAGCCAUAAUGGGUCUUGGCAGGAACAAUUCAAUUUGCACUGAGAAAAUUCUGUUUCUGACGGAUCACAACAUAUCGUAAAUAAUAUCAAGUUUAAGAUGUGGCGGUGACGAGAAAGUAAAAAAACAAUAGCUUGACAAGGCAAAAAGACAACUUUGCACGUGCAUAACGCUUUUUUGUACAUUUCUUUGCAGUCACUGCACGACUACCACGUGAAAAUGCCUAAUUUCACGUUUUGUGAAGGACGUAAACAAGCAAUGACAAAAUUAUAUUUCUCUUUAUGAAGUUGGAUAUGGUUGAUAGAAAUUUAGCUCCAGAAGAGUUCGCUUGCAUUUGACAAAGCAAGCGAGUUGGAAUAAUCACGAUAGAGACUUAAAAAAUGUGAAUUAACUUUUCAUCCGUGGCUUUCAGCUGUCGCGACAUCUUAAACUCCCUAAUAUGUCUAAUAUUCACGAAGGCGUGAUCGAUGCAAGCUUGAAUACCUGUUGUAAUCUCAAGCUUGUAUUUUUGGAAAAGUGUCUUUAGUUUUCGGGUAGGAAGUAUUUUGAAAUGAUUCCGGAGAGUUUUUAUCAAACUGAAAGUUUCCUGACUGCGUGCAUUUCUUUGGUGUAUGAGCCCGACAAGCCGUAAUCGAGUCAAUAGCCGUCGUGUACGAAUUCACGAAAAGAACUCAGGAGAUGCUGUUCGCCGAUUGGGCACAAUAAUACAAAGCAUUUUUUGUGCCCAAUCAGGAGCCAGCAUUCGCUUGACCGUUUGGAAAUGGUCCGGUGAGAGUCCGUACCCAGGGGCUUUUCCGCCUGUGCUUGAAAACUUUCGUCGCGCCUUUUCUCCCCGCCCGACUGACUGCCCCUGAGUCUCCGAGGAUGAGUUUUAGUCUGAAAUUCGGCUAUUUCGUCUCCAGAAAGCCGUGUAGUCUUUUAAUACAGUAAAUCCCCGAUAACUCGAACCCCUCGCUAACUCCAACUAAGUCCAACUUCCGUUGGAUAUCAACCCACUUUCCAGUCAUUUUUACUCGGUUAACUCGAACACGCAUAACUCGAAUUCCCCGCUAACUCGAACUACAUUUCCUUCCCUUGAACAAAAAGUCACUGAACAUUUCCCCGAUAACUCGUUUUCUGGUUCUUUCAAAUCCACUCGAAUGUCGUCCCAUUAAAAAGCGACUAAAACUAACACGGAUCAACACUAAAGCAAUUUAAUUUUAACUGGUGAAACGAACAAAUCACGUUUUAUCAUAAAUAAAUGCCUUAUCAUUUGCACUGCACCGUAAACUGAAGUGCUGAAAAUCAUUAAGUAUCAGUUAUUAAAUUGGAAAAUUGAAUUUUUCAAUGGACCCCGAAUACACUAGAAUCUCGGCUAACUCGAACUGUUUUUCGUUUCCCUUCAGCGUUCAAGUUUCCGGGGUACUACCGUAUAUGUUUGCGUUCACUCAUGCACAAACCUAUUUUAUGUCGGUGCAAUAACCCAUCGAGUCGGUUGGUUAUUGUCUACAUUUUCCAAAUAUCGUCAGUACCAGCUUGUUAUGAAGAAUUAAGCGGAGGAUUGGAGCCAAUCAAAAAAGGCAAAAUACUCUGAGCGAAUAAUUAUUACAGUUAUUGAAUGAGGCUGAUACGGCCUCGGUGGAUAGCACCUUCCUCGACCUCCAUAAUUCUUCAGAUGAUACGAAAGCCGAAUUCAAUAAUUGUUUUAUUAUUCAUUCAGAAUAAUUCCUAGUUAAAAAAACAUGCUAAAACAUGCUUAUCUCCAUCGAUGUUAAGUUCGUCUUCGAUAGUGCACGUUAAACGGCAAGUUUAGGAGAUAAAGGGUUGUUCAGCUCCGCAAAUAUUCUCCAAAUAGCAGACGUCGUCCUUCGAGUUGUCUUCUUGCAGUUCUGCUAGGUUUUUAGCCAAUAGUUGGCCUAUGUCUUCCUGGUAAUACGAGUAAAACGUUCUGCCAGUUUGAUAUGGCUGCCAAAGUAACACAACCUCGUCCCCAGGUCUUCCGGGUUAACGGUUCAAUAAUCUCCAACUUUGCUGCACUUUUGACGUCAUCAGUUCAAUAUGGCAAAAUCCUUUCAAAUUUGGUCAACAGUAGCUGGUUAUGGUGAAUUAUGCGUAUGAUUUUAGCCAAUCAGAAACGGAGAAAUAUUGUAAAAGAAUAAUUAGUAGUUAUCCCACGAGCGCGCACGUUGGAAAUGAGAUGAUAGACAGCCAAUUAGGCGCGAAGCGUCGAGUUGGUUAUAAUCAUGUCACAAGCGCGAGUGGAAAAAUUAGUUUAUUAAAAACGCCCACAAAAUAUCACUAUCACUAUAUCAAAGACGGGGUAAUGCAAGAAGCUCGUGUAAAGCUUUUUCUUGAAGUUGUUUGAAACCGGUCGCUGUAUGUCUGUCUGUCUGUCUGUAAAAAGAUUUAUUGAUAGAUUGAUUCGUUUAUGUUAAAAGUGCUUCUUUUCUUUCCUUUUGUUAGCUCAGUCCUUUCCUGGUGAGACGUACAGCACAUCAUUGCGUGGACUGCAAGGCAAGAUCCUGUUGCAAUCAGUAAAAGCUCAUGGACCGUUAAUAAGGCUAAUUUGAGUGGUUAGUUUAUUCCUCCUGAUCUUUAUAACAGCGUGAAUGUUUUUAUAUUAGUACUACAAAAUGCAUUUUCAUCGAAUUGCUACUGCUUCUGUUUUUGUUCAAAAAUGCUUUAUGACUUGUUUAAUUUUUUUGAAAAUACAAAAACGAAUGUCGAUUCAGUAAAAUAAACGUAUCUGUACGGUAAUGAAACUGAUAACAGCGGUGAUGACAGCAGAAGGAGUAUAUAAUUAUAAUAUUAAUAUAAUAAUGACGAUAAUAUAUACAUUAGCUUAUAUUCAACUAAAGACCAUUUUAACUGUGCGUUAUAAUGUUUAACAAAUAAUGAAAACUUUAAGCUCUAGUUUUAAUUCGAAAUCCUAAACUUCCUUCCUAGAAUUCUAGAUAGAAAUCAGUACAGUGGAAUCCCUUUAAUACGGUCACCAAUGGGUCAUAAAAAUUUGGCCGUACUAACUGGGUGGCCCUAUUACCCGGGACAGGGUCAAAUUUAAUGACUUACGCCGGGCGGAAUAGCACAUGCACCAUACAUCGCAUUCGCACUUCUUGAACAACUGUUCACUUUAAUGAACUACCGGAAUGGAGAUAUCGCGUACUGUAAUUGCAAAAACUACAGUCAACUCCCGAUAACUCGAACCGUCAAGGGAAAUGGAAAAAGGUUCAAAAAUAGCCGGGAGUAAGGAAAGAGACAGUUUUUACUGAAUAGUGAACAUUUUAAUCAUAUUUAAUUGUAGAAACGUCAAGUGAAAAUUAAAAGAUACUUCCAGUUUAUAAAUCAGAACGUAACAUAACAAAACCUUGCUUAUACUAGAGCAUGCAUUUUACUGUUUUGAGAAGUUAGUUAGAUUUGCGACAAACAACACAGCCUCCACUAGUAAACUAUAUACCUACAAGACAUCAAUGGGAAAUUGAAAAUUCAAUGUUUCGACGCAAGUAGACUGUUUUUUCCCGACUUUUAAGGGUUCAAAACACGGUUCGAGUUAUCGAGGGUAAAAUUAUAUAGAAAUGAUCUGAGGGGAAACAAAAACUACGUCGAGUUAGCGGAAGGUUCGAGUUAUCAAGGGUUCGAGUUACUGAGGGUAAAAUUACAGUAAACGUAUGACGGAAAUCCAGGGGUUGGUUCGAAUUAGCGAGGGUUUGAGUUAUCGGGAGUCAACUGUACUUGAAACUUUUCUUUAGUACAUAAAAUUAAAAAAAUCAGCUAGCAACAAAUGGAUUUUGAGUGUACUGUGGUCUAAAACAAUACAAGAACAUGCUCAGCUAGGUCAGUGAAAUUGACAUAUCACAGGUAUUUUAAUUUUCUAUAUUUUAAUGGCAUGGCCGUAUCAACGGGUUGAAAUUAGAAGGGAUUCCACCGUUUGGGAUUUAAAAAUGUGGACGUUGGUCGUAUUAACUGGUUAACGCAAAAACGAGGGGUUCUUUUUUAUAGGAAAAUGUGUGACCGUUUUGCCAGGCCAAAAAAUUUGCUGCACACUGUAAUAACGAGGUGACCGUAUUACCGAGGUGGUCGUAAGGCGGGGUUUCACUGUAAUGACAUUUUGAAACCCCCCUAAAUAUUAAUCAAUUAUUAUUAAUGAUUAAUGAAAAUAGGCUAGCAAACGCCUUCUGGAACAAAUGUGUAUGAAAAGAAUCUGUAAAACGUACGGGUAUUAGCCGACAAUAGUAUUUCUAAUGUAAAGGGAAGAUUAUUCCAUUAUAAUUUAGGGGCAGCCACAGAGAAUGAUCGGUUAUCCAGCGUAGUAAAAGACUUUUAUGUUGGAAAGUUUAGAAUUAUGCUGUUAUUUGAUCCUAAACAAUAAUACUUCCCUUUUUUCUUUCGUUACAUUUGUUGUUGUAUCUUUCCUCAGUUAAUGAUUAUGUUGGAUUUGGCUUUAUGGAUGCCACUAAGAUGGUCGAUGCAGCACUGAAGUGGACGACUGUUCCUGCAAAUGUUAACUGCACCAUUCCAGAUCCCCGUGGAAAUAGGUAGCGUACUUAGAACCUGACUCUUUUUCAUGCUUCGUAAUUAUCCACUCCCCCUAGAAGUAGGUGCAAUUACGAUUAUCAUUUAUGCCAGCAUUUUGACCUAUUUAAAAUUGACCAUAAAACAGUGUGGGUUCUUAUUACAAACGUUUUGUCAAUAACUUAGUGUAUACUCGCCCAUAUUUAUUGAGAGCUAUUGCUCGUAAGAGUAGAAUAAUUGUACCUGCAUAAUAUGUUUGUGUUUGGAUCCUCAAGCUAUAUUGCGAAUUUUUUUUAUUAUUAUCAUUUUAACCGCAGCGGGACUAGCUCAGUCGUUAGGGCGCUUGACUGUUGAGCGGGAGGAGGUUUGGAUUCCCGGGGCCAAACCAUUACCCAUGAUCAGGGUCAAAAGGUGGCUCGAUACAGUUUUUCAGGUUCAAUACCUCCCAAGUUUGAGCAUAAACUACGUCACCAUAAACAAAAAUUUGGAACAACUGCCACCAGAGUUGUAUUAGAUAAAGAUGAAAAUUUGUUAUGAUCAGGGUUGCAAUGACAAAAAAUUGGUGAUAGCAUCAUUUCGUUGCUAGGUCAACUCCGAUAUCGUUGCAACCCUGAUCAUAAAUUUUCAUCUUUUAUUUAAUGCAACUGUGGUGGCAAUUUUUCCAAAUCUUUGUUUAUGGUGACAUAGUUUCUGUUCAAACUUGGAAGGUAUUGAACCUGAAAAACUGUAUCGAGCCACCUUAAGACAACUUAGAAAUGGAGGUACUGCCUUUGCCCUGCAAACGGCUAGACCUUCACGUGGCUCGGAUGACCUCGUAAAGUGGCGGUCCCGUUCCCAGAAGGGGACAUAAAAAUAGUGUCCUCAAUUAGUACCUUUGUGCUAAAUACAUAGGUGCAUGUUUUUCACUGGCCCAGAAAGAGGUAAACUUAUAGAACACUGUGCCGGAAGCGAAUGUGCAAGCCGAUUUCUACCUUGUGUUCAGUGAUCAAACGUUUAAUAUGCUGUAUUGUAAACCAAACAGACUGAUUGAUUUUCCAUUUUCUGUCUGAACAUAAAUGCAUGUGCACCUUUUGAGGUCUACAAAAACUGCAGAAUGCACAAGUCAAAGAGACACAGCCUUGAGCAUUAAUUUUUUACGGGUACUAAUCUUUCUCUUGAAAUUCAUAUAUUCACCUUCAUAUCUUAGUCUUCUACGGGUACGUAUAUUAUACGAACUCACAAAGUGACCAGCUCCCAUUUAGUUUAGUUUCAUACCUUAGUCGCAACUGAGAUUAUCACAGAGGUCAUUGAAUCGGAUUCCGUUCUUAAGCCUGAACUUUUUUUCAAGUUUCUUUUUCGCAACCGCUUAAGUUUCGUACUUAACUGUGAUGAUCUUUUUCCCUUCUUUCUUUUCAUUUAUUCUUUCUGCUAAAUCUUUCUUUCGCAAUUUUAAUGUAUCAAAUUCUGAUACAUUUACUUUCAGAAUUAUUAGCAUCGUCAUAAUUUUAUCUUUAAUUUACCCUUCUUUUCUCUUUCUUUCUUCCUCUAUUUAUUCGCCUUUCAGUCCGAUAAUGUUUAACGAAUCUUUUGAAGACACCAUCGAUCUAUCAUGGACCUUGUCAUUUACGAAACCGCUCUUUUAG